CCAUGCAGCCCACCAGACCCUGCCUUGUGAUGCUCCUCACCCUCUGGGCUCAGCAGGCAUCAGUGUCUUCUCAGGAGUCCCAUGGUCUCCCUUACCGCUGCACCUUACCACCUGAGAUGGGGCCAUGCAAAAUGAAGAUUCGGCGUUUCUAUUACGACCCUGCUCAAGGGGGAUGCCUGACAUUUACCUACGGGGGCUGCCAGGGCAACAGCAACAACUUUGAGACAAAGGAGGAAUGCGAGGAGGCCUGUGGGGAAAUUGGUCCAGACAAACCUGGCAGGUGCCCCACCCCAGAGGGCCCUGGCACCUGUGUGCAUGGCUGUUCUUCAGAUUAUUCAUGCGAUGGAAUCCAGAAGUGCUGCAGCAAUGGCUGUGGGCAGGUGUGCAUAGAUCCAGUAUUUCCAGGCAAGCCCGGCAGGUGCCCUACCCUGAAGGGUGCUGGCAUCUGUGUGGAAGACUGUUCUUCGGAUGAUUCAUGCGAUGGAAGCCAGAAGUGCUGCAGCAAUGGCUGUGGGCAUGUGUGCUUGGAUCCAGUAUUCCCAGAGAAGCCUGGCAGGUGCCCUACCCCAGAGGGCCCCGGCAUCUGUCUGCAUGGCUGUUCUUCAGACUAUUCGUGCUGUGGAAGGCAGAAGUGCUGCAGCAAUGGCUGUGGGCAGGUGUGCAUGGAUCCGAUAUUUCCAGAGAGGCCCGGAAGAUGCCCCCGAGCACCGCCAGGCACCAUCACCGUAUGCCUUGCAAAGUGCGACACAGACUGGGAGUGCCCCUCCCCCCAAAAGUGCUGCAGCUGGGGGUGCAAGAGAGACUGUUUCGACCCCGUCAAGACAGGCUAACCUUGCCUGAACUCCAGAAUCCUUGACAGCUGCCUGUGUAGAAGACCUGCUUCCUUUGAGAGCCGGUGCACCAGAUCGGGCCCUGAUCCUGCUUCCCCGUCCUGCAGUUUCUCCACCUGAGGAACCCCAAGAGAACCUCAUUCUUGGCUUAACUCCAAAGGGCCAUGCUGGAGGGGGAUCGUGAUUA